AUGUCCACCCUAGGUGGGAAUGGGGACGGAAUUAUGCCUCGAGACGGGAAAAUUGGUACUGGAGAGCGGAAGACAAGAAUAAACACGGGAGCGGGACGCGUGCUAUGCGAUGCAUGUGUUUGGAUUCAUGCGAAGAAGGACGUGCGAGAGAUGGUUUGGGUUUGGGAUGUAUAUGGGGCAUGCUGCCUGGCUUUGCUUAAGGUAUUGAAGUUUCGUCGAUUUCUUCCUCAGGCUAUCCACAUUUUAGCAUUAAUUAGCAUACAGCCUCGUCUGUUUGUUGCAAUUGAAACGAUAGAAGGUGAAUCGGCACAAACGUGGUCUGUGCACGCUACACUGCUAUCAACUUCACCGACCCAAUCUUGUUCCUCUUCCAAUAGCGAGAGAUAUAUGGGGACAAAAUGCCCUCACACAGUGUCCAUUUCUGUUUUGAGACCUGUUAGUAAGCAACUCGAGCUGUGGCUGAGCACUCAUGAGCUCGCCCUGAGCCACCCCCCUCUGGUUGUGCCUGAUUUCAUCCCUGAGCAGCAUGAAGAGGGUCUGGAAUUGGGCCCCAAUCAGAUCGCCGAGGAGCGAGGAGCGCUAGGGAGAGAUCCUUCAAGGAGAGCAGAGCUCCAUGGAGAGGAGAGCUUUGUGGAGAGAUUCUCCAAGGAGAGGGAAGCUUCGUGGAGAGUCUCUUCGCGGAGAGAAAAUGUCAACGCCGGAAACAUCUCUCUUACACGGCAGCAAGAAUUUCUUGACCCUGUUGAGGGUCAACCUGGAUCAGUCUACGAGCAAUGGUGUGAAACGGAUGUUGCUAUAGCUUCUGAUGUAUCAAUAAACUCUACAUACGCGGUGUAUUGGGUCUGGCAAUGGCCAACAGCCCCAGGAACACUUGGCGCACUUGAAGGUAAGGAUGAAACAUGA